AUGGUGUUGCUUUUGUUGUCAGUAUAUCUUCUUGGGGCUUUUACAGUAAUUGCAAUGGAAGCAGCGGGACUGUGGAUUUUGAUUCGUCUAAUAAAUCAGAGAGUUGCGAAAGAACAAGGGAAAGAGAAGGAUUCAGCUUCGGCGGGCGACCUCAAUCCGACUUUACACAACAUUCAGGGGGAUAUAUGGGUUCUAGAACCGGAAAAGGUUCCGAAACCCGGGCUUUUGGACAAGGCGCCUAAGGAGCAAAAGAGGAAAAAUGAAUUUUUGGAGGUUAUACCUGUCCAGAGAUAUGCAAAAAUUAAGGAUCACCGUCUUAUCCUAACUGAGACAGAUGGUUCACAUAUAGAGAUUUCACUCAAGGGAUGCACAAUAGCAGCUGUAUCAGCAACAAGCUUGUCCUCAAGAAAAUGGGCGAAAAGAUAUCCUAUAAUAGUGGAGAGUGAAGGUUCAGUAAUAUAUAAGGGAAGUAAAACAAUUUACAUAUAUCUUGAGACGUCUUGGGAGAAGGAGUCCUGGUGUAAAGCCCUCCGCCUUGCUUCCUGCGAUGAAGAAAAGCUUAAGUGGUUCACCAAGUUGAAAAUAGAGUUUCACAAUUACCUGACAUCACUGAAUGCAGGAUAUCCUUCUUUUAUGAAACCCUCCAGGGUUUUCAGUGCUAAACCACUUGAUAAGCCUAUUAAGAUUGAUGGUUCAUCAAAGGUUCGCCAGUUCCUCAAGAAAAUUGCAAAGAAGGCUUCUAUAAGUGGAGUAGAUUAUAUAGCAAGUGGAAAUUCAACUUCAGGCCGUGAUGAAAGAAAGUUGGGUGAGAAGUCUCGUUCAUUCCAAGACUCAGUUCUGGCUCCUGGCUUAGUGAAAUUGGCCCCAACAGGAAAGCUUUCUAGUGUUUCUUCUGAGAACUCUAGGGGGGCAUCAUCAACAUCAUCUUCUACUGAGCCAGGAAGCAGAGUUCAUAUUUCUGGAAUAUCUGAUGUGGAACCUAAUCUCAGGAAUUCUAGUGAUGAUGGAACACUUUGUUUGAAUUUGUUAAUAUCACGAUUGUUCUUUGACACCAAAAGAAAUUUGCAGAUUAGGAACUCAAUCAAAAAUCGAAUUCAGAUAACAUUAUCCAACAUGCGAAGACCUAAUUACCUCGGUGAAGUCACGUGUACUUCUGUAGAUCCUGGUAGUCUGCCUCUACAUAUUCUUGCAAUGAGGGUCAUUCCCUGCGAUACGAAUGAGCUGUUGGCCUUGGAAGUUGAUGUAGAGUAUUCUGGUGGCAUGAUUUUGGAAAUUGAAACAAGGCUCAAAAUUCGAGAGCUGGAACUUGAAGGAGAGCAAACUAGCUCGAACUCGAGCACUGUUGGUGAGGUCACCUCUGAUCUACUGGAAGGUAUUGAAUAUUUUGGGAAACAAUCGAAGCUUUCUGAAGAGACAACUGAUGGAGUAGAGCAAAAAGAUGAAGGAGAUCACAUCAUGGAUGAGAUUAGAGACUCCAAAAGCACUACACCUGCAUCAUCUCAAGUGCCUAGGUGGAAGUCUGUAAUACAUUCCAUAACCAAACAGGUUCAACAGGUUCCUAUCUCUUUGGGGGUGAGGGUUUCUUCUCUUCAUGGAACGAUGAGGAUCUAUGUAAAGGGUCCACCUUCUGAUCAGAUAUGGUUUGGAUUCACAUCCAUGCCCAAUAUUGAAUUUAAUUUGGAGUCUUUUGUUGGGGACAACAAAAUUACAAGUGGGCGUGUUGCUUUGUUCUUGAUCGGUCGAUUUAAGACAGCAAUUCGUGAAACUUUGGUACUUCCAAACUGUGAAAGUGUUUGCAUUCCUUGGAUGUUAGCGGAGAAGGAUGACUGGGUCCCCAGGAAUGUCGCUCCGUUUAUGUGGUAUAAUCAAGAUAAAUCCAGUAGCUCUACCACAAAACAAGAAGCACCCAGUCUCCAACCUGGGGAUGAGAGAUCAAAGUGUGUUGGCCAUGCUGCAGAAUCAACAAAUCAAUCCUUGGGCUCAAGUCACGUGGAUUCGUCAACUUCCAAUAGCCAUUCUUUCCAAGAUCAACUUAGAGCCCCUUUGUUAGACAAGGGAACCCCACAAGAAAUUGCGCCUAGAAGCCCAGAGGAAAAAUCGAAUAUACACCCACUGCAAUCUCAAUCAAUAAUCAUUUCAGAGGGACAGAAUGAUACUUCAGAAGAAGAUGAUUCUAGUAGAUCUAGGAGGAUUGGGAGGAGAGAACGAAUGCUAGGGUUGGGUAAGAAGAUGGGGGAAAAGCUCGAAGUCAAGAGGCGUCACAUUGAAGAGAAAGGAAGAAGUUUUGUUGACAGGAUGAAGGGAACAUAG